AGGUAGUUACCAUGGAGCUGCGCUGAGUAACGCGGAGGCAGUGGGACGCUGAGGCUAGAGGAGAGGCGGCUGCGGGGAAUAAUCCCCGAACCCAAAGGAAUGAAUCCCUAAUGGUGGAAUUUCAGGCUUCAGUGGCAGGUUGAACCCGGACUCACAGAGCCCACGCUUACACCUGACAAAUGAUGGCCUGAGCUAUGAGCAAAUGGGACUAUAUGAACACUUCGGUGCAAGAGCCCCCUCUUGACUACUCUUUCCGAAGCAUCCACGUGAUUCAAGAUAUGAUAAGCGAGGAGCCAAGGUCAGGACUACGACCACUAAAGCACUCAAAGUCGGGGAAGUCACUCACCCAGUCCCUGUGGCUGAACAACAAUGUCCUCAGUGACCUGAGAGACUUCAACCGUGUGGUUUCACAGUUGCUGAAGCAUCCAGAGAACCUGGCCUGGAUUGACCUGUCCUUUAAUGACCUGACUUCCAUUGACCCUAUCCUGACAACUUUCUUCAACCUGAGUGUCCUCUAUCUUCAUGGCAACAGCAUCCAUAACCUGGGAGAAGUGAAUAAGCUGGCUGUCCUCCCUCGGCUCAGAAGCCUAACACUCCAUGGGAACCCCAUAGAGGAAGAGAAGGGGUAUAGGCAGUAUGUGCUGUGCUUCCUGCCCCGUAUCACCACGUUUGACUUCAGUGGAGUCACCAAAGCAGACCGGACCACUGCCGAAGUGUGGAAACGUAUGAACAUCAAGCCCAAGAAGGUCCGGAUCAAGCAGAAUGCACUCUGACAUUACUGGACCCUGGCAGUCCUAUAGGCCUGAGGAUGGUCAUUAUGUUGGACAAUAAAUAGUUAAGCUUUUCUGCAAGUUAGAAGUCACUUGUACUGUGUAAAAUGUCCUCCAACUCAGGCAACUGCCAGCAGCUCUGUUCUUAUCAUUUCACUGAAGUGGGAGGCAAUGGAAUUGAAAGUCUGUCAGCUUGGGACACAGAAGGCCUGGGUUCACUGUAUGGCCUUAGACACUUACCUAAUCUCUCUUGGGCCCCUUUUGAGGCUUCAGCAAAGAUAUCCAAAUUUCUCAGAGCACCAAGGUUCUGUGAACAAGCUUCAGAGGUCUCAUCAGAAGGCCAAGGAGAAAGACUGUGAUCUCUGAACCCUCACUUCAAUCAGAUCAGAGCAGCUCUCACUUGUUCUAU